AUUUAUNCUCGUCGGUCCCUAAGUAUAGCCAAACCAGCUCUAAAUCACGCCAACUGUACUGAACUAUUGUCCGAUUCCGUCAACUUUACUGAACUUCAAAUCACUGGUUAUAAUGAAUACUGGUGCGAUUGGGAACCGUUCAAGGGUGGUCAUGCUCGCACACUAUUGGGUACAUUGGAUUUAGUAUUCUUGAUAUCAUACUCCGUCAGUAUGUAUAUCAAUGGAUGGAUUGCCGAACGCAUGAAUUUGCGGUACUUUCUGAUAAUUGGUAUGUUAUUUGCGGGAUUGUGUAAUGUAUUGUUUGGACUCGCAUAUUACCUGGAUAUCCAUUCGUUGGCCUAUUUCUAUAUAAUCCAAGUUCUCACUGGAAUCGGUCAGUCGACUGGUUGGCCAGGUGUAUUGGGAACAGUCGGUCACUGGUUUGGGCCCUCCAAGAGAGGUCUUAUCUUUGGUAUCUGGAACUCUCAUCUCAAUUUCGGUAACAUAGCCGGUGCUGCAGUGGCCGGGCUGUUCGUAGACGACCAAUGGGGUCUGUGUUUCAUAGUUCCCGGGGUCAUAAUCGCCGCCAUGAGUCUACUGGUGUUCCUAUUUCUCGUGCAAAAACCAGAAGAAGUCGGUUUGAGUUUGAGUUCAGAUACGGAACAUACGGAACAAACUCCAGUCAAAAGUAAUGAUAUGAACCGAAACAUCAAACAAAUUCAAUUCAAAGAUGAGACACAACAACACAAAGCCAUCAGUAUCUUAGAUGCUAUUAAAAUACCGGUAAUUAUCAUAUCUUAUCAUGAAAUCUAA